AUGGAGAUUUCACCACAAGACUCUUUGUCAAUCCUUUCUGCUUUGUCUUCCAGUGUUGCCCGACCUGAUCUUCACGAUAUUCUUCAGCAAUCCGUUCGUCGGAAUGCAGUAGUUGGGCAUCGCAUUUCCGAGGAAAGGUCCGAGCUGUUCUCCAAGGCAGCGUUGGAUGCAGUCGCGUGUAUGUGCGUCGACAAGCCCGAAGGCCAGUCUGUGGCUGUGUCCUAUUCACACCAUCCAGACUCGGUCUAUGUCUGGGUAGCUACCAAUUCAACGGGGGGAGAAUCUACUCCGGAGGCACUGGAGACAUAUAUUCACUCUAUUUGGGACAUUCUCGCGAGUGCCCAGCGGGCCAAGGAACUGUCAGAAAGCCUCGCGCUUUUGUUGGAAUUCAGCGGGCUAGUGUAUAGGCGUUGCUUUAGGAGGAUCUACCACCGCGUCAGCAAGUAUCAUGCUGAUUUCCUGGCAGUCGCUGAGCACGCUCGUACAAUGGAUCCACCACCGAAGAAGGAGUAUCUCGACUUCUUGGAUGUGGUCCAAGAGAUCAUCGUCAUGCUUCGCGAGCUGUGCAGGAUAGACAAGGCGCUACCUGACGGCACCUGGUUGUUGGUGGCCAAACUCAUGACGUCCCUAUACACUGUCACCUCUCCAUCUGCAUUCAAAAUAUUUUUGGCCGUCGGUUUUGAGGAAUCAGAGACAUAUCACAACCAGAACGAAAGAAAGAAUAAACAGCCCUUCAGCCUUACCCAAUAUAUACACACGUUGAUGGAAAUUCAACUGCGUAUAGACGUUCUCUUCGACAUCUCUGCCGCACCUCGAACAUGUGCCAUUUUUAAAAAGAAACUCCGAGUAAUCAUUGUCCAGCCACCACCCUUCAUCGGUCCCACGCGCCAUAGCCGAGAAACCCUAUCCAGAUGUCUUCGCAGCGCCUAUGACAGUGUACAUACAGACACAGAAAAAGGCGACGUAGAGAGCCGGUUGAGCGAGACCACUUCCAACUUCCUAAACACCAUAAUGAACCACGAAGAUGCCGCAUCUUCGCAAGGACAUUGCCCAGAGUCAAUCUUACUUCUAUAUCAUCAUAAUCAAAAUAAUGACCUAACGCCAUAUCCCUACCUCGGCACUUCUGCGCCACCGUGUUAUGGCUGUGUGGUAUUCUUCGACACAUACAAUUCCGUCGUAACUAGGGAUAUGCGAUGGUGCACUCGACGGACUCAUCAUCGUGUACGUCCUUGGUGUUUACCCGGAAAUUUUGUCAUCCAGAACGGUAUCGAAAAAAACAGUAAGGUCACAGACGCACGAAUCCAGCAAGGAUUCUUGCAUACAGUCAAGUACGCUGUUGGAUCUAUCAUUCAAAGGGUGAAUCAACCGCCCUCGUUGUCUCUGCCUUUGGAGGAGGAGGGCAGCAAGGAGGGGUUAUGCACUUCCAUAAAGAUCAGAAGGGGAACGUCUGAACAGCCAAACCAGCCAAUCAAAUUGGCUGUCAAAUUGGCUUCGAAAGAGAAGGAGGGGUAA